GUUCCUAGCAAACUCCUGAACCUGCGCUCUAAUGAGAGAAACGACUUCCGAGACACCUUAUUGGCGGCAAAAAUUGCGGGGUCGCAAGGACACAACCCAUCCAACAUGACACCUUAACUGCGUCUAUCGUCUUAUCUCAGGUGAGGUUGAUUCAUCACCAUGAGACUGGUUGGAUUUAAAAGGUUUUUUGCCGUUUCGGUAGUAAACAAGGCAACAUCUUUCCAACAAGGCUACCGGGCAUCAAUUCUGCACCCACCAUUUGCAAAAUGGUCUUCUUCUUUGCACAUUAGAUUUUCAAGCGAUGGAAGCACUGAUCUUCCACCGCCGAACGAGGAAUUGAAAGAAGCUUUGACGAGGAUUGGGAUCCAAGACAAGUUGGAACCUCUCAGUGACUUGGGUUACUACGGCUGGAAUCCAACAGGAUCUUACAAUCCCCUUUCCUCGGUCACUGCUGAAGAUAUUCGGCAAAUGAUUGACUUCACGAGAAAACCCAAAACCAUCCUGGACGUCCAGGCAUUGAGAGCAACCCUUCCAAGAAAGCUUUCCUUUCUGGAACCCUUCCUCGUGGAGAACUUGUUCCCAUUUGGUCAACACUCAAUUGCUUCUUUGUAUGUGGCCACCAAUCACAAAGGUGUCGACCCGAAAUCUGUCAACUUUAUGUUUGGGAGUUAUUCGCUCUUCCUCUUGGCUACAGGUGAGCUGCAAGAUGAUGGAGAGAAAUUUAUCGUGAUGAGAAUACCAAGCACCGGAAUUUUGUUCGUUUCCCGGUACAAGGCAUACACGAAUAACUUGUCUGCACAUGGCCACCAAUUCGAACGUUUCCUUCUUGGAACUUCCCCUGAACCGCCGUACGACCAUAGUGAAGCAGAAAACCUCCAGCUGAUGAAGAUCGGCAACUCAACGGUGCUGAUUUCCGGUGAAGUUGAUGCAGUCGAUUGCAAUGGAACCCCGACGGAAGUAAAGUUGGGCAACAAACAGCAAAGUAUGAAGACCCUCUCUCAAAUGAUCAGCAGCGCUAGCCUCCAACUAUGCAGAGGCAACGUCAGAUUCUGGCAAAGACGCGGGCGCAAAAAGCUUCGAGAUAUCAACAGAAUCGAAUUUGAGCGCUUGGAAGAUUUUGCUACCAGAGAAAUCGACCAGUCUGAAUUGGAGCGGAUGACUCGUCUUAUUUGCGAUCGCGUGGACCAGCUCCAGCAAAGCUGUCCAGCAAUGUUGAAGGACGGCGAUGUGAACGAGAUUGUAUUUUUUGACGACGGCAACGGGCAACAGAUGAUGAAAAUGGUGCCCUCCUUGAACGUGACUGUCAACGACAUCUUUCCAAACAAGAGCGUGAUUGAGAGCUUACUUCACGGUGGUGUAGGACAAAGAUGACAACGAACUUGGCAUCACUAGCUAGCUAGAAGAUUGAAGCCCAGCUGCAUUGAUGUGAGAGGCUGGCUGCGGAUGCCGCGCAAAGAAGCUUCAAGUGCAUGCCGUGACAUACGGUAUCGAACCACUCCUAAGAAUCUAGUGUGUCAUGGCCGUAAUGGUGGCUACGCACCUCAGUAUUCAUCAAUCUAUAGUAGCAGAAGGUGUGUCUACCAUCAAGAGUCAGAAACUGGGAAACACGGUUAUUUGGGCGCUUCAAAAAUAUGUUCAAUAUCAAAACAGGGGGCAGCACUAACGUGUUGCUGGACCGGUUAGCUAGAAUUGGUGCAGACCUCACUCAAACCAGAGAAUGGCUCCAAACACUGCCUCAGCUCCAGUAGAAAAAGGCGGCCUGCCAGCCAACCUCCGCCAAAGCAGAAGGACCGGGUUUGGCUCCGUGGCAAAGGCGAUGAUCAAUUUGUGAAUGAUACCGUGAGACGUUCUUCUCAGAACGUGUUCGCCUGAUUUACUGCCGCUUUGCCAUCACCGUACUGCUCUUCGAAAGCUGUGGCAACCCGACGAAGCCGAUCGAGGUAGCCACGGAGCUCUUCCUUCCUAUUUUUAUCACUGGCAUUAUCAUCUCCCCACAAGGGUUGAAACGCGAGAAUAUCACCAAAGUCCCAAAUGUCUCUGAGCAACCUAAACAGAGGUAUCGCUUCCUUUUCCUCCAGCGACAAUGGACGCACAGAUUCAUAGCCCAUCAAGAAGAAUGUCAACUUGUUCGGGCUGACCAUAGAUGCGGAAUCAUAGACACGCCAUCCAUAGGCCGAAUGAUCCCAAUCGAUAACAGUAAACGUCUGCGUGGCAUCAUCCCAAAACAUAUUACCAGGAUGCAAGUCGCCAUGAUUCAAACCAUAGUAUGGCUUCUCUUUUGGUAGUUUCGCCACCUUGUCGCGGA